GAUGGAUAUAUGGACAGAUAAAGAUAUGCUAAAUCCGUACACAUUCCCCAACUGACACUCAAAGGUUUGGGCAUCACCAUGUGGACCGCGCGGUGGCCGACAGAGGGCGAAGCGCAUCCCUCUGAACGCCUCCAGCCACGCCUCUCUCUCUCUUUUUGUGCGUGUGUGUGUGUGUGUGUCGUUGAAGGAGGUGUCGGGGAAUCUCCUGCACAUAAACCCACCUUCAAAAAAAGAGCUGGAGUAUUACAUCACGGGGCCACGCGUGUAUAUAUGAGAGGCGCGCGCGUGAGAGAGGCAUUCCUAGAGUUUUUGCUCCAGAUGCGUCGCGUGCAGGACCUCAACGCGUGAUGCUGCGCACGGGACAUGCUAUUCUGAUGCAUUUAAUAGAUUUGAUGAAAAGCACCGGUUUGGAGCGAUACGUGGACAUUUGAGACUGAGACAUCACCAGGGAUUGAUGAGUCGAUAUUCUGCAUCUUCUGCAUAAAGUUCGCGUCUCCCGUUAUAUGGAUGGAUAGAUCAGCUGUCUAAGAGCUGAAAACUCACGUGCACUUUGGAUUUGCGUUGGAAAGUUUCCUGGAGCGCACUUUCCCUUCGCGCGUCAUGAUGGAUCAUUCGCAGUGUUUGAUGGCCGUGUACCUGCUGCUGGUUUCUCUCGUUCAGUGUCAGCAUUAUUAUCUCCUCAGACCCAUCCCCAGCGACGCAUUACCGCUGCUGGAGCUCAAAGAAGACCCGGACCCCAUCUAUGACCCACGGGAGAAAGAUCUGAACGAAACCGAGCUGAGGAGCGUCCUCGGAGACUUUGACAGCCGCUUCCUCUCCAUCGCGCCUCCACAGGACCGCUACACGGGCAACGAGGACGUGGACGAGCCUGAACUGCAGCAGUACCCCACCGGACUCAUGCCCAAAGACAUCAGGGGUCUGGACUUUGACAUGCAGUGGGGCAAAAAGCGCAAAGCGAGUAAAAAGCUGAAGCGCAGGCUGCAGAUGUGGCUGUGGUCGUAUUCCUUCUGCCCGGUGCUUUACUCGUGGAAUGACCUCGGCUCACGGUUCUGGCCGCGGUUCGUCCGGGCUGGAAGCUGCUACAGUAAGAGGUCCUGUUCGGUUCCAGAGGGGAUGCUUUGUAAACCUGCCAAAUCCACGCAUAUCACGCUGCUGCGCUGGAGAUGCGUGCAAAGGAGAGGCGCGCUCAAAUGCGCGUGGAUACCCGUGCAGUAUCCCAUCAUAACGGAGUGUAAAUGCUCCUGCGCAAACUGAAAAUGGGAUGUAAUCUACAUAUAUGUGUGGACAGAAAUAUAAAAACACUGAUACAGAUGCAAAUGACUGGACAAGUGAUGGAAAAACACUGAUCCAUAUUUCUGGAUUUAUGAAGUUAAAAAUGUUAUAUUUUGAUAACUGUCAUGAACAAAUGCUUAACAGGACAGUAUACAUCUGAAUGUGAAUAGAUCUAUUUUCAUAUUUAUCCAAUGCAAAGUAUAUAUAUAGUAUAUAUAUAUAUAAUUGUCAUGCAAUUCAAUGUAUAUUAACUGAAGAUUUGUUAAGCAUUGUGCAAUGUAACAAAGUCUGUAAAUACAAUUUCAUGAAAGUGAUUCCCAUUCAUAUUUUAUGCACUAUGGUGUGUAUGAAUGUAUUGUAUAUUGUAUAUGUCGUGCCAACAUGUUAGCUACUUGUAAAAAGCCAGUAUUAUGAGUACUACCCAGAGUCUACUGUAUUUGUGGAAAAUAUUGGUAACGUGUGUAUUUAUAUUGCAGAGAAUGGCCCGUAGAGCCUCUUCAGAUGUUUUAUAUAGUUUUCCACUCUUUGGAAGACGCAGAUGUGACGACCUCAAAAUUUAUUAUGGAUUUUCUUGUUUUUGUCUCGCAAUAUGACGACCUAUCCUGUAAAUUAAGAUGAACUGUUAUUUAUUCUUUAUAUUCAGAUAAUAAAAUAUCCAUA